AUGGACGGGCCAGAUUCACUACCCAACUCCUUCGAAGAGCAGGACGACUUUCUACCUCAAGAGAACAGAGCAGACGAAAAGAUGGAUGUUCACCUUUCUCAAUGUAAGGGCAAGGGCCCCGAGGAAGACAAGCGUGAUCUUCAUCUGAUGAACCCCGACUCAUUGCUUGGAUAUAACCCAACUCCACGCGGCUUAGUCAUAAUGCGUGUGGACGACCAAGUAGCGAACGCGUACAACUCUGGGGCCAGUUGGGCUGAAAUGCACCGGCAGAAGUCCAUGCUACCAGUCAUCCUUAUCGUCGGUAGGGCCGCAAGCGGAAAGAGCACUCUGGCAGCGAGACUGGCCAAAGACUUCGGGUUUUACCACGUAUCGCUCCAUGAGCACUGCCAAGAGAUGGCACGGUGGUUGAAGAAAGAUCACAUCCCAGAACUACCUCACUGUGUCAACGUCAUGAUCCGUCGCGGCGAGCCCAUGCACACAGGGCUCCUUGUAAGUCACCGCCUGGACCCGCGCACCUCUCUAUUCGACUAUCAUACUGCCAAUGUCAGGAAAGAAAACCGCACGAGUAUUUCAUUCCUCAGCUGCUGGUGGAGCAGUCGAGGGCGGCACGGGACGUACCUGAUGGUGAGCCCCGAGCUUUGA